CACAUUGUCAAUGAGUACAACUACAACGACCACUACCACUACCAUUACGUCACGAAGAAUUUCAAGGUCGUCCGUCCAAAAGGAAAAGGCACGUCCUCGAGGAGAAGGCGGACUAGAAGAAGCAAAGGAGCAGCGCCAGUUGUACCAGCGCAACGGAACGAAGGGGAGCCUCUACAACAAG